GCGAGUUACUCGCUGAAGCCCUUCGCCGACCGUCGUGAGAUCAUGUUGACAAUAUGAAGGUAUACACUGAGCUUUCUGCUGCUCAUCGAUCUAGAUCCGACGUCGGCUCCCUCGACUCGUCGGUCACGCCGCCACCAGCCCAGCAACCUUGCUCACUAACCACCAUCUCGUCUCUCUCUGUGUAACAUGGUCUGUAAGAAAUGCGAGACUAAACUCUCGAAACUUGCUGCUCCCGACCCGUUCACCUCGAGCUCGCAGAGUAUCAAAGAGGGCUCUCGGAGAGUCGGAGAGAACAAACUGCUGAGUAGACCGGGAAGCUCGAAAAACAGAUUUCAGCCGUACCAAGGAAAGUGUAAGGACUGUAAGUCGUCGGUUACACAGAACAGAGCGAAGUACUGUCACGGAUGUGCAUACAAACGUGGUGUAUGUGCCAUCUGCGGCAAACAGGUCCUCGAUACGACUGGUUACGUGAUGUCAGCCAAGUAGACGGCUUGUGUCGGUCAAUUUAGGCGGUACUUUGUACUUUUAUGCAAGUGUAAUCUAGUCCUCACUCGCUAUCAUUAUUUGGAUCGUUUUCUGUCGUUUAUGUAUGCAUAGCGAGGGUCGCUUCUAGCAAACUUGUGCAUUCAUAUAGCUUACGCCAAUGCAGCUGGGUCUCCUGAUCCAACAUAAGAUAUAUGCA